AUGUCGAGGAUGUUGUCGAGCGCUUUGUUAGGAGGAGGAGGGAAGAAGAAAGGGAGCAAUACGAAUAAUAAAAAACGGGAACUGAUCGCACGAGUGGAGAACGACCGGAUGAAGAUGGUGUUGAAGCACCCGACGUUCAAAGAGAACCCGGUGAAAGCGGUGUUGACGCACCUCGCGGCGCAGUUAGGCGAGAGCGCGGAAAACGACGAGGAGGACCGCAGUAAAGAUGGAACCACCAAGAAAACCACCAAGAAAAGUACCACUACGACCACCACCAAUGACAACAAGAACGUCGAUAUCGACGACGUAAACGACGACGUGCAAAAGAAGAAGAAAAAACGAAAGAUGAUGACCCCGGCGCGGUUACGUCAAACGCAAGGCAAACAUCACGCCGGCGGCGGCGGCCAAGAGCGGUCCAAGAAGAGCAUUCACGGCGGCGGUAAAAACUCUGGUGGCGUCGUCAAAGAGAAACUGCGAAACAAGAAGGGUGGGAAAAACAGGAAGUGA